AGUCACAGACUCUCUCAUAACUUACCAAUGUGGGUGUUUAGGGUGGAGGAACACACUCCCGCUGGCACGCAGACGGUCAAGUUCCUGUUCUCUUCUAUCAGAAAUUGUGCUCACUUUGUGACAGGAGUCGGUGAGAAGAUGAAGGUGAUCAUGAGCUGCUGCCUGUUUGCCUUCCUCCUGAGCUGUAACCUCACUGCAGCAAUCAUCCAUGAAAUAGUCGAGCAGAAGAAAUCAAUCACUUUACCCUGUCCUCACCCUGUGGGUAAAGUGAAGUGGAGCAGAGAGAAGAAUGGAAACAAAACUGACUUAAUGACAGUUGAGGGUGAAAAGGAGACAAAACACAUUUCAGACCCACAUAAAUAUUACAGUUCAUUAGCAGAUAAAUCUCUAUACAUAAAAAGAGUAGAGUUCUCAGACGAUGGCAGAUAUUUGUGUAACGAUGAAGCAGCUGUGGAUCUGACGGUGAUCCCACCAGGAACAGCCGUUCUCGAGGCGACAGAGAGGACCAGCGUCACUCUGAAAUGUCCUGAUGUUUUAGAUGAUCAAAAAUGGUGGACAGAAGCUGGACCAAUACCAAAACAAAGUCGGUUUGAGGUUUUUCGAUUGGACAAGACGUUGAUUAUCAUAAACCUUCAGGCUGCUGACUCUGGACUUUACACCUGCGAUGGAAAACCUGCUGCGUACCUGAACGUGAUCAGAGAUGAUCCGUCUGACAGAGGUGAGAGGAACACAUCAACAGGGCAGAAGUUAAGAGAAGUUAUUUAAAAGAAGUCAGACAGAUUCUUAGUAAUCUACCUUUUCACCUUCUUGUCACAGAUAUUUAGAGAUAUGAGGACAUUGAUACCUCUCAUAUUUAACCUGUUUGACUUCCCCAGACUCACCGAUAUUGUUUUUUUUAACUCCAUGUAAGCUUCCUCUUGAUCAGACCUCUGACCCUUUUA